AUGGCCACAACGACAGAGAGUGAAGACAAGUCUGUCCUCCAGUUGUUUGAUCCCCUGACUUCACCUGUCAAAUCGCCUGUACGGACGAAAACACCGCGAGCAAGAGAACGCGACCCUCAAUCGCCUGUUGCGGCCUUCUUCUCGACCGUCGACAAGUCCAAACACUUUUUAGCGACACGAGAAAAGCCUAAAGAACCAAACUUGAUCGACUUGGGUGUCCUUCAAAGCCCGCCACCGCAACGCGAACAUGUUGAGGACACCAGUUCAGCGCCCAUCUCUCAACGUACCUUUGCUACUCCCGCACCCCUCAGUGAUCUCCUAGUGGAUGUCGUAAACACUCCAAGGGGUCACGGCCCAGCAGCUCUCCCAAUCGAUCCAUUUUCUCCCCCUACAAACGCUGGCGUGACGCACUUUCAGUCCAUCAUUCAAGUUCCCCAACUCAUGCUGCCAAAAGAGGACGAUAAGCGGAAUCGCUUGAUUCCAGUAGACACACCAAUGAGGCCAGAUCUCUACAUGUCUACCAAUUUCACACCCGUGCCAGCAAACCUUCCAUAUCUUCCGGCAUCUUCGCUUCGCUCUUUAGCUGUAUCAAGUGCCUCCUCUACGGGUACAUAUCGACGAAGAUCGUCAAUCGACCUCGACAAAGAAUUGCACGAAUCAAAGCCUGAUUCGAGUUUUGAUAUUUUGAGAGGAGAAAUGGAGCUGGGGAGUGCAGAGGUCUCCUUUGCGUCUGUCAACGCCCACGAUCUGACCAAGGCACUGGCGUCCACAGCUGUGGAGGAGUCUCCAUGGACCAUGAGGGCCAACGAUGUGGACCUCCAUGCAGAUCAGAGUCUGUUGCCGGCCAAGGAGACACAAGGAGCCAAUUUGCUAGCGCAUGAAAUUCCGCUACCAGAUAGCUGCCCAACAUCGCCAGAAUCUUCGAAUGGCUACAACGAAGAUGCCAACGUUCAUGCAUCCAAAGUGUUCCCUCACCUGCGUCGCUUCUCAAUGGCCAAAGUAGAUGAAGACGUUCUCCAGUUUCCCAGUGAUGACACAAGCCCGGGCAAGGAAACAAUCUCGCCAGUCCAGGCUGGACGCAAACCAAUUCCUCAUGCGCGGACGAUGUCAAUGACAAGUGUUUCCUCGGUAAACAGCAAUCGCUCAGCGAGUACUGUCAAACAAGCAACACCGUCACCGGAGAAGCGACUAGGAUAUAAACGACCGCUAGCCAAGCGUCCUUCGCCUUUGACCUCGACGACUUCGAGCCCAAGCAAAUCCAGUUCGACUUCCAAGCGAGCUUCCCGCCCAUCAGUGGUGCUAAAGGGUGCCACCUCUCGACUCUCGCUUGCUAGGCCACGGGUCUCUCUGGCCGUUGAACGGACAGCCUUAGCGGGUCGUGCCUCGAUAGCGCCGCGCCCGUCAGGCACGCGUGGUGCUAUGGCUCCUCCACCAGUACCCUCGGCAUCAUCCACCCGGACGGCUGUGGGGGUGCGCCCAAGGAUGAGCGUCGCCACAACUUCAGCAAAGUCUGCUAUAUCACGACCAGUGCCUUCCACCGCAGCACCGGCUCAGACGCCAGCUACUUCGAAUAGUUUAGUAGCACCAAAGGGGGUUCUUGCAUCUGGGGGCCGGGCCAACAGUGCUGCAGCCCGUGUGCCUCGAUUGUCUACCAUUAGCUCCAGCGCACCAGCCUUGAAACCUCCAGCAACCAAAGUAGACAUGCAACCACCACCUCCAUCAUCAACCUUGGUGACGGCGAGACCUCGUACAGGGCCAUUGAAACCUCGUCCGAGUUCCAUGAUACUACCCCCCUCGAUUCCCAUCAAUACACCAGCGCCCGUCUCGCAACCAACAGCGGCUGUGACUACCUCAAAGCCCGCAAAAGGCUUACCUCGCCCAAGGAGGAGCAGUGCAGGUGCUGCAUUGCUUGCCCGACCUCCGCUCACAGUCGACCCUCCAGUCAGCGCGACUACGAGGCCGACAAGUGUCGCGGCACAUAGAUUUCCGCGACCGAAAUCAUCCCUUUCUCGUGUCUAA